AUGGACAUCGGUGGUUUGGAGACGGUUGUGGCAAACUCUGCCUACGUGUCAGCCCGCGGCAGCCUGGAUGGAUCCGCAGCGGCCUCCAUGCGCGACAAGAAGCUGCGCGCCAGGCUGAAACUCCCACACAUCAGAGAUUGCGAACACAUGAAGACAACUGUGGACGCGACCUUCGACAGCAUGUGCGUCAGACAGCCCAUCGGCAAGCGCCUGUUCCAACAGUUUCUGGAGAGCGACGCCACCCACAAAAACGCCGGCGAGCUGUGGAAAGACAUUGAAGAUUAUACCAUAUGCCAAGAGAAGGACAGAGUGCAGAAGGCCCAAAAAAUGGUCAAUAAAUACUAUGAGUCAGCUUCAAAGAAUUUUUGCAGUUUCCUCGAAGAGAAGGCCGUCACUCGAGUGAAAGAAGACUUCAAGAACGUCCGAGGCGACCUGUUUAAAGAGAGCGAACAGCAGCUGCUCAAACACCUGGAGAAGAAGGCCUUGGACGGCUUCAAGAACAGCAUGUACUUCCUGCGUUUUGUUCAGUUUAAAUGGUUGGAGAGCCAGCCUGUUGAUGAGGAGUGGUUCAUGGACUUCAGGGUCCUGGGGAAAGGAGGUUUUGGGGAAGUAUAUGCUUGUCAGGCGAAGGCAACGGGCAAAAUGUACGCCAAUAAGAAGCUGGAGAAAAAGAGGCUGAAGAAACGCAAAGGCUACGACGGAGCAAUUGUGGAGAAGCGGAUCCUUGCAAAAGUUCACAGUCGCUUCAUCGUGACGCUGGCUUAUGCCUUCCAGACCAAGACUGACCUCUGCCUGGUCAUGACCAUCAUGAACGGUGGAGACCUCAGGUUUCAUAUGUAUAAUGUGGAUGAAAAAAAUCCUGGUUUUGAUGAGAAGAGGGCAUGUUUCUACACGGCUCAGGUCAUCUGUGGGCUGGAGCAUCUGCAUCAGCACAGGAUCAUCUACAGGGAUCUGAAGCCAGAGAACGUGCUGCUGGAUGAUGCAGGACAUGUCCGUCUGUCAGAUUUGGGUCUGGCUGUUGAGCUUCCACCAGGAAAAGACAAAACUACUGGAUAUGCUGGAACUCCAGGUUUCAUGGCUCCAGAGCUGCUCCAGAAGAAGGAGUAUGACUACACAGUGGACUACUUCACUCUGGGAGUCACCCUGUUUGAGAUGAUUGCAGCCAAAGGGCCCUUUAGAGUACGAGGAGAGAAGGUUGAGAACGACGAGGUAGCUCGCAGAAUCCUAAACGAUCAGGUUGCUUACACUCCAAGCUUCAGUAAAGACUGUAAGGCCAUUUGUGAAGGCCUGAUGGAGAAGGACCCAGCAAAACGACUGGGGUUCAAGAACAACGAGUGUGCCGAGCUCAAGAAUCAGCCCUUCUUCAAAGACAUUAACUGGGGCCGUCUGGAAGCAGGUAUGCUACCUCCACCGUUCGUCCCCGACCCAAGAAUGGUCUACGCCAAAGACAUUGAUGAUGUGGGCGCCUUCAGUACAAUCAAAGGUGUGGUCCUGGACAACAAGGACACCGAGUUCUACAAUGAUUUCGCGUCCGGCAACGUGCCGAUCCCCUGGCAGGAGGAGAUGGUCGAGACCGGUGUGUUUGGAGAGAUGAACAUCUGGGGAGAAAACGGCAAGCUGCCCAAUGACCUCGACCCAAACUUUGUGGAAACCAAAGGUGGAGGAUGUGUGCUGCUUUGA